AAGAGAGAGUUCUAUAGUUGUGAGCCGUGACUAUAUAACCCAGGUGACUAGUAGGGUUCAAAUGCUCGUGGCAUAAUAGAUGGUCAAGUGACAUGUAGCGUCUGGAUUGAUAACAAAGACAGGAAAUGUUUUUCCUUGUCUGUAAAGAUAUAAAUCUAUUUUUAAAUUGUUUUCAAAAAGUAUUUAUUUUAUGUUUUUCUCAAAAAUAUUUUUUCGAUUAAAAUUCUUGCAGCAAGAUGGUAUUUGUCACAAGGUGGUUUGCGUAUCUCUGGAGUACAUUCAAUAAGAACGAGAGAAUUUGUGAGGACUUUAUUAAGAAAACAGGAAAAACACACCCUUAAUUGUAAGGCCAACCCUUCGACGAAGGAUGUUGAAUAAUUGUCUUGCAUUUAGCCUUGUACAAUAAACAAUAUGAUCUUCAAAAUUUUUCUUUGAAAUUCCAGUUCUUUCGUGGCUAAAAAUAGCGUCUUUGAAGGUGUUGAACGACGGCUUCAUAGUCAUGACCAUUUGCAGCAAAGACUUUACGUCAAGUCCUUGUCUUUUGGGCCCAACAAAAGGAGCCUAUAGUAAUCAUCUUCUUGUGGAACUGGGACAAAUGCCAGAUUCAGUUACAUCAGACUUCUUGUCUGUGUGAUCUCGAAGCAGACACCAACAUACUCUAUAUCCUCUCCACAAUAUAGAAUGCUUGAAGUUUAGACUAUGAACCAAAAGUACAGACGAUGACAAUGUACACUAGACAUGAGCACAAAAAGACUGCUCUCCGCCAAUAACUUCCAUCCUUUCCCACCCAUGUUGAAAAACUACCUACAGUGGACCCAAAACACCCCGACCCAGAAAUCAGGUACACCUUUUAAUGCAAAGGGUACCUCCAUUUUAGCUACAGACCUCUUGAAAUCAUAUUUUGAAAGAGGCCUAACUAGUCCAGCACGCAACUUGUUUGAUGAAAUGCCUGAGAGAGAUGUUGUUGCGUGGACGACGAUGAUUUCAGGGUACACGCAUUGCAAUGAAUACACUCAAGCAUGGAGUGUUUUUGUCGAUAUGUUAAAGAAUGGAAAUGGCCCACCAAAUGCGUUCACAAUAUCAAGCGUUCUAAAGGCUUGCAAAGGCAUGAAGCGUGUUUUUUGUGGGCGUUCGGUCCAUGGAUUGGCUAUUAAAAGAAGGUUUAUGGAGGGGUUUAUUUAUGUGGAUAAUGCUCUCAUGGAUAUGUAUGCUUCUUGUGGUGUAGGAAUGAGGGAUGCUUGUGUUGUUUUUCACGAUAUUAAAGAGAAGAAUGUUGUGUCUUGGACUACCUUGAUUGCUGGUUACACUCACAGAGGCAAUGGCAAUCGCGCACUUCAAAUCUUCCGGGAAAUGCUACUGGACGGAGUAGCAAUGAACCCACAUAGCAUUUCGAUAGCUGUUAGGGCAUGUGCCUCAAUUGGCUCACAGAAUUUUGGCAGGCAAAUACACACAGCGGUGAUCAAACAUGGGUUUGAAUCCGAUCUUCCUGUCAUGAAUUCUAUACUUGAUAUGUAUUGUAGGUGUGGAUGUUUAUCUGAGGCAAACAAGUAUUUCAAUGAUAUGACUGAAAAAGAUUUGAUCACAUGGAAUACAUUAAUAGCAGGGUAUGAAAGAUCGGAUUCCAUUGAGCCUCUAUUUAUAUUUUCACAAAUGGAGUCAGAAGGUUUUACUCCAAAUUGCUUCACUUUUACCAGUCUAAUAGCAACGUGCGCGAAUGUAGCAGCUUUGUGUUGUGGACAGCAAGUUCAUGGAGGAAUUUUUCGCAGAGGGCUUGACAGAAACCUGGAAUUGGCUAAUGCCUUGAUUGAUAUGUAUGCAAAGUGUGGUAAUAUAUUUGAUUCACACAAAAUAUUUAGUGAAAUGCCUUGUAGAAAUUUGGUCUCUUGGACUUCUAUGAUGAUUGGAUAUGGGGCUCAUGGAUACGGUGAAAAGGUUGUUGAGUUGUUUGAUGAGAUGGUCAAGUCAGGCAUCAGACCUGAUCAGGUAGUGUUUAUGGCAGUUCUAAGUGCGUGCAGUCAUGCUGGACUAGUUGAUCAAGGCUUGAGAUACAUCAACUGUAUGAUAAAUGAUUAUCACAUCAAGCCAAAUCAGGAGAUUUAUGGCUGUGUUGUAGAUUUGCUAGGGAGACCAGGGAGAGUGGAGGAGGCCUAUCAACUAAUACGAAGCAUGCCAUUUAUGGCUGAUGAGUCUGUUUGGGGUGCACUUCUUGGUGCUUGCAAGGCACAUAACUUUUCAAGGUUGGGGAAAUUGGCAGCUAAGAAGGCAUUGGCUUUGAGACCAAACAUGGUAGAGACCUAUGUGAUGCUGUCAAAUAUUUAUGCUGCAGAAGGCAAAUGGGGAGAAGCUGCAAGAAUGAGAAAGUUGAUGAAGAGAGCAGGGUGUAGAAAAGUGGCUGGGAGGAGCUGGAUUGAGGUACGAAACCAGGUUUACAGUUUUGUUGUUGGAAAUAAGAUGGGUUCUCAUAAAGAGUGGGUUUAUGAAGUUCUGGAAUUACCUGUACAGCAUAUGAAAGAGGCUGGCUAUGUACCUGAAGUUGAUUGCUUAAUACAUGACCAAGAAGAUGGCACUUGAUUAGAAGUUGAGAAAAGAUGAAAAAGGAAAAUUUGAGGGCUAUGAAAACUCAACUGUUUGAUAAACAUGACCCCAAGUUGGAGAAAAUUGGAAGAACGAAAAUGUGAUGGAUUAAGUAAAUUUCAAUCUUUCUUGGGAUGUUCAUCUGUUGAAUUAGAAAUAAUAAAUGGCCCAUACCCCUACAUAUUGCAGGCAUCAAAUAACACAGAAAUCCACACACUACCAUCUCAAACCAAAAUUUCAAAGGAACUUGAGUAAUCUUGUGCUCUGCGUAAUUCUUUAUAUGUAAUCAGCUUGAUGAGGAACUCACAAACCAAGCAGCGGAAACUUCCACACUUGCGCUGAACAUCCAGGUUCUUUCAGCCAAUUUGAGCAAAAGUAGCCAACACAUAUUUUUGUCUAUUUCCUGAAUCAUGAAGGAUCCAGUCUUCACUGCACAUUUGCAGUAUAGAGAUAAUGUCAUGCAUGAGAUUUAAAAUGGGGGAUGACAAUGGUCAGCACCACUAGAGAUGCAUCUAACGAUCUCAAAGGAGCCUGGUUCAGCCUCCAAGCACCUGCAACCAAGUGUCUAGCAAGAAGGAUACCAUGAUAAAGAGCGCAUGGUCAGCUGUAUUGUUAAUAGUUUCACUAAGAUAAACUGAGAAGCUUUGAAUCCAGUUUCUGAUAUAGUCUAUUUGCAGCUUUUGCAGCUAGGAGGGCAGGGAAUUGGUGAGUCAAAAAGUAUGAUGAAAUCACGGGUUACAAUUUGAUGAUGCAAACUCAAAAAGGUAGAAAGGUCAUUUCCUCAGCAUGCAUCAUGUAUUUGAUGCGGGACAAAGCAGGUUUGAGGAUGAAGUAAUUAACCAUGAGAGAAAAGAAGAAGCCACGAAGAAGAAGAAGCCAAACAAAAAGAAAAAAAUGAUUGAAGA